AUCUCCCCAAGCUCUGGGGUCUCACCUGGAGAAGUCCUUCAGUUCAGAUGUACCACACCCAGCCCAAUGCGCAUCUCUGUAGACUUCAGUUUAUAUAAAACUGGGACAUUAAUAAAGAACCAAACUGCAGAGUCCACAGCAACAUUUUCGCUGACUGUAGAUGCCUCACAUCAGGGUCAGUACACCUGUGACUACUCAUACAGGGAAAGUAACUCCAUAUCAUCCAGGAGCAGCUCCAUUCCCAUCACUGUGGUGAACUUGCAGCAGCCCAAUAUCUCCUUCCAUGCUGAUGAUGAAGGCUUCCAUCGGGGGUUAAACAGAUGGUUCCAUAGGGAGUCUGAUGGACCAGAAGUGACAAAGGGCUAUGGCUUCUCCAUCAUCUGCUCCACUGAACCUCAGUAUCCAGGAGGUUCCUUCCACUUGGAGUUCAGUGAAUCCAACAUCACCUGGACUCAGACAUCUGUUAACCACUCAGCCGUCUUCCUUUUUCCUGAAGCAGAUUUUGUCCAUCAGGGAAUUUACAGCUGUACUUAUGAAGUGAACGUGUCUACACGCAUCUUUACCUCCACUGCCACUGAACCCUUGGUCAUUGUUGUGAAAGCAUCUCUGGCUCCCUACAUUGGUGUUGGAGUGACGGCAGGAUUGCUUCUCAUCUUAGUUCCAGUCAUCAUUUGCUUUGUAAAGACACAGAAAGGAUGGAAAUUUCAGCUGGAUAAGAAGAAGGAUUCACAGCGGCCCAAAAACACAUACGAGAGUCCCCAAGGAGAGAUCGAGAUGGAUGAUGGUGUUUAUGAAACCACUUUCUACCAGAAGGAAGAUUCAGAGGAUUUGGAUAAUGACUACCACAAUGUUGAUGCUGAUGAGCAUAGAAGUAACGUGGACAAUGACUAUGAGGAUGAAGAAAUUUAUGCAAACUGUGUAGCAUAGUGUGAAGAACUAAAAAAUUGUCCAAUAUUCACAGUCCAGAAACAAUAACAUGGUUAAAUGAGGUAAUUUUCCAUCGUUAAGAUAUCAUUAUUGUUAAUUAUACAUGGUUUAAAUUACACACACUUCAGAAUCAGUUUGUUCUUUACUCAUUAAUCUUUUCAGAUGUAACAAGAUUAAAAACUUUUAAUUUAAUUUUCUUACCGGUUUCAUACACAUUUAUGU